AUGUUGUGUCCUGUAGGAGACACAGAAACUACUGAAGAAAGCAAUUUUUUGAAGAAUGACCAUGAAGCCCAAAGCUUCAAGCCAAAGAAAGUAUCCGGUUUUAACCAAGACCGUGGGAACAUCCUUUUGCUCUUAUUUUUAUAUGUGCUACAGGGUAUCCCUCUUGGGCUAGCAGCUAGUAUUCCUAUGGUUUUACAGAACAGAAAUGUUUCUUACAAAGAUCAAGCCACCUUCAGUUUAUCAUUCUGGCCUUUCAGCAUCAAGCUGUUGUGGGCACCCUUGGUGGAUUCGUUAUAUUUUCAGACAAUGGGCCGCCGUAAAUCAUGGCUUGUUCCUGCUCAAUAUUUUAUUGGAUUGUUCAUGCUGAUUUUGUCAUCAAAUAUCAACCGUCUCCUCGGGGAAGAAACGGAUCUUCCUCCUAAUGUGUCCCUCAUAACAUGUGUCUUCUUUGCUCUGACUUGUUUUAGCUGCACACAAGACAUAGCUGUUGAUGGGUGGGCUCUUACUAUAUUAUCAAGGGACAAUGUUGGCUGGGCUUCAACAUGUAACUCAGUAGGACAGACAGCUGGUUAUUUCUUAGGGUAUGUCGUCUUUCUUGCCCUGGAAUCAAAGGAUUUUUGUGUCAACUAUCUGGGACAAACUGAUUCUGUGGUAACACUUCCUGGUUUUCUUUUUUUCUGGGGAAUUGUGUUCAUUUUGACAACCACUGCUGUUUGGGCGCUGAAGAGUGAAACAGAUGAAUCAGAGGUGAAUGCUGAUGAACCAGAAUUUGGAUUAAUUGGAACCUACAAAGUUUUAGGGAAAAUUCUACAGAUGAAAGUAAUACAACAAUUGAUAUUGGUUUUGUUGACAUGUAAGAUUGGGUUUGCUGCAGCAGAUUCAUUAACCGCUCUAAAACUAACCGAGACUGGAGUGCCUAAAGACCGGUUGGCACUUCUGUCAAUCCCCCUCACUCCUGUCCAAGUGUUCCUUCCACUCUACAUAUCCCGUUACACAGCUGGACCACAACCCAUGAAUCCCUUUAUGUUUGGAUACUCCCUAAGGUUAGUCUUCGGUUUGCUGUUUGCUGGUCUUGUAUGGAUCACUCCGUCAUACAAAGGUGACGAUGGAUCCUAUCCAUUGCAUUAUUAUGGCCUCAUAGUUAUUGUGUACUUGCUGCAUCAGAUCACUGUAAACUGUAUGUUUGUAGGAGUAAUGGCUUUCUUUGCUCGUAUUAGUGACUCGUCCAUUGGAGGAACAUAUAUGACUCUUCUCAACACCUUUACAAACCUAGGUGGAAACUGGCCAUCUUGGGUUGCUUUGCGAUAUGUUUCAGAGAUAACUUGGAAGUCUUGCUCAGGUGUUGAAAAUAUUUUAUAUUGCAAUAAGGAAGAGGAUAAAUUAGCUUGUGAAGCAGCAGGUGGUACAUGCAUUACUGACAUAGAUGGAUAUUACAUAGAAAGUUUUGCACUAGUAGUAGUAGGAUUUUUAUGGAUGCAGUGGGGUAUUCCAGUUAUUAAGAGACUGCAGAAUCUACCCUUGGAUUCAUGGUCAGUAUCACAAAGGGAAGACUGACAGUAACCCUUAGAUUAGGAAUACGUAUAUUUGAAAAUAUAUAUAUAUGUAUUUAUAGAACUAGAUGUUCACCAGAUAUUUAAUUUUUUAUAUUCUAUAUUCUGGCACAAAAAUGUGUUGAGGUGAGUUGAUUUUCUUGAAGUAUUGUGCUUCCAUAAAGGCUUGAUUUUCAUUCACAAAUGUAAAGAGGAGUAAAAUGGUUUUUAUAUAAAGAAGAAUAGUGCUACAUACGUACUUGCCUACCCAUUCCUUGUGCGCAUGCUGUUCUAGGUAGCUACGGAAGGUUCACAGAUUUAUAGUAAAACUGGGCCAUCAUUAUUUUAACUGAAAACCACAUCUUUUAAAUAAUGAUUCAGAGCUGAAUUAAAACAUUUAAAAGAUCUCUUUUAGUUUCAGUAAAGCACAUUAUAUUAGUGCUUAAGAAAAAUGUGUACAUAUUGGGUUUUACUUUUGAUUUUAGCUACUUAGUAAGGAGUAGGUCUUACAUAUGAUUUUAUUAAACCAAAAGCCCUUUUAGCAUAAAGUGAAAUGUUGGAAGUAGUAUUGAUACCGUUGUAAGUAACUGUUUAAUUAUUAUUUUAUUUUUUAUAACCUUGAUAUUAUUAUAUAUAUGAGGUGGUAAGGUAUCCCAAAGAUUGGU